AAAAGUGUAGCGCGAAAACGGAUAGAAAAUUUGUAAAUCAUUUCUAAAAUUUAUCUCGACAGGACAAGGUGUUCGGUGUUAACGGACAGUUUGUCGAAUUCUACAAAAUUUUAACGAGAGAUUAAAAUGCCCAAUAUCUAAAUCAAGAUCGAAAAAACUGUGUGUACGUCUGCGUUUUCGUCUUAAUGUCAUAAAUGUAAAUUUGCUUUAUGUAUUAAUGUUGCUUUGCGCGUGUGUUGUGUAUGUGUGUGUGUGUUAAAGCGGAGCAUAAAGCAGCAGAGGAAGCGCAGACCGACGCUCAGUAAGCCGCCAAGUAAAAGACGAAGGCGAAGAAGACGAAGGAGAAAAAUUGAAGAGAAACGCAAAUAUAAAGCCACCAUUUUAAUAGUGUUUGUGUGUGCGUGAGCAAAGAGAAAGAGAAAUAAAAAACAAAAACGGACAUUAUUAUUAUCAAGCGAAAUGGCCAGUUUUCAAAUUCAUCGCGAUAUCACCAACGAGAAGGAGAAUUCAGCUGCUCUUGUGACUCUUAAAGAAAAAUCAGUCAUGUCUUCUAAGCAGCCUCUUGGCGUGAUCAAAGAGAAGCAAAUGCUGGCUCCCCGUGAACACUUUGGGGUCCUCAGUUCCAACAACAACAAUCAGCAAGCCCGAGGAAUACCAGCCCCAGGCGGAAAAGCGGUUUUGCGUGAAGUUGGACCCACAAAGUCAUCGGAUGAGAAUGUCAUUUAUGCCGCCGUUGGCGGUUCUAAGAAAUCGUCUGUGGUGGAUCAAUUCAAGAAUUUCACUGUCUAUGAGGAUAAUUAUGAUACUCAGGUGACAAUAGCACCUCCAAAACAGACAGUGGCAGCAGCACCAGCAGUUUCAUCCAUAAUCGAUAAAGAGAAUCAAAUAAUAGACAAUGUCAAAGAAUAUGGCAAUCAACAAGAAUACGAUUUGGAUGGUACACCAAUGUCGGUAACCGAUGUUUUGUCACCAAUGUCAUUGGAUCGUUCCAUUGGCGGUGUUCAGUCCAUCGAUGAGGAUGCCCACAAGGAUGUCACUGGGCAGCAGUUGCUAACGGCCCGUGAAUUGCCACCACGGAAUGAUCGUCAGCGUUUCUUUGAAGUGACACAAUAUCAAACGGAUAUUUUAAGAUAUUUCCAAGAGAGUGAGAAAAAGCAUCGCCCAAAAGCACAAUAUAUGCGCCGUCAAAGGGACAUCAAUCAUAAUAUGCGUUCGAUUUUGAUCGAUUGGUUGGUUGAGGUAUCUGAGGAGUAUAAACUGGACACAGAGACAUUAUAUCUAUCCGUCUCCUAUCUUGAUCGCUUCCUCAGCCAAAUGGCAGUGGUGCGCUCCAAAUUGCAAUUGGUUGGCACUGCAGCCAUGUAUAUUGCCGCCAAAUACGAGGAAAUCUAUCCACCAGCGGUGGGUGAGUUUGUCUUUCUCACCGAUGAUAGCUAUACCAAGGUUCAAGUGCUACGCAUGGAGCAGGUCAUAUUGAAGGUUCUAUCCUUUGAUUUGUGCACUCCAACGGCAUACGUUUUCGUCAAUACGUAUGCAGUGCUGAGUGAUAUGCCCGAGAGGCUUAAAUAUUUGACUCUGUUCCUGUGCGAGCUAUCUCUUAUGGAGGGUGAUCCAUAUUUGCAAUAUUUGCCAUCACUUAUAUCAUCGGCAGCUCUGGCAUUGGCACGUCACAUGUUGGGCAUGGAUAUCUGGUCACAGAAAUUGGAAGAGAUCACCACAUAUAAGUUGGCUGAUCUCAAGACGGUUAUGCUGCAGUUAUGCCAAACACACAAUAACUCUAAGGAGCUCAACACACAGGCCAUACGGGAAAAGUACAAUAGAGAAAAAUAUAAGAAGGUAACUGCCAUUGAGUCGAUUGAAUUAACCAAGGAACAAUUGGAUAAACUUUGUGUGGCUUAUCAAAUGGAACAGCAACAACUGCAGGAAGCAUCGGUAUCAUCAUCAUCGUCAGCAACUACCAUUACAUCACUGCCGCCACCCAAUAAUCCCCAAACUAAAGCAAAUUUGUUUUAUAAGUUUUAAGUGUUUUUCUUUUUUUAUUCUUUUUUUUAUUUGGGUAAU